AUGUACUAUAUCCUCUACCUAACGAGCCUCUGCCGCCGCCGCCACUGGCCGGAGCCCACUUACAACGCGUUUCCCAACGCCAGCGGCUACACGUGCAUUGUUCGCGUGAACAAUCGCGAAUAUCAAACAGAUACUAUCUGUAGUAGUGAAACACUCGCUCGCGAAAGUGCCGCGAUGCGCGCCUACCUGAUCUGCCGCAACUUCUCCGUCAAUGACGGCAUGUACCCGGCUGGGCAUGACCAUGGCGGCGUGGUGCAGGGAAUUCCAGUUGCUAUUGGGACCGGGAGAAAGUGCGACGACUCUACUUCUUCGGGGAGCUCGAAUGGGAGUUGGAGUGGAGGGAGUAGUCCUGAUCGGGCUGUGAGGGUUGAGCGGGAAGAGGUGGGAAUCCGGUUCUAG